AUGGAUGGUGCAGUGGGCGCCACGCAAUGCCCCAUUCCUUCUUCCGGUGAAAUGACAUACAAAUUCAGAGCUCAACCUGCAGGUACUGCAUGGUAUCAUGGUCACUAUUUAGAUCAAUAUACAGACGGUCUAAUUGGCCCAUUGGUUAUUCGUCGACAAGUAGAGCCGAAUCAAGAGCAAUAUGACACUGAACGUAUACUGAUGGUAUCUGAUUGGUACAAUGAUGUUGCACGAACAAAGUUAUUAUCUUGGUUUCUAAGCGCAAAAAAUACAGAAGGCUUUGAGCCCAUACCUGAUGCUAUCAUUGUGAAUGGAAAAUUUUCUCAGUCGCUGUUCGUACAAACGUUCGGUGUGACACGUAUCCGUUUUAGAAUCAUUAAUGCUGCAGCAUUUUCCAUGUAUACUGUUUCAAUCGAUGGAUUACCAUUACAUAUUAUUGAACUUGAUCAAACGCCUUUAGUACCAUACACAGUGUUUUCCUUUAGUAUUAACGUUGCUCAACGAGUUUCUUUUUAUGUGAAUUUGAAGGAAUUUGAUCAAACUCAUGUACCUUCUGAUGUGUCAUCAACAAAAUCAAUUUACAUUCGAUUUAAAGCUAAUUCGGAAAUGUAUCCAGUUGAUAUUGACAGCUAUAUUGCUCCAUAUACAACUCCAUGUCUUCCAUAUCCGAUAUUUUUCAAUUCAUUAUACCUGGCUAUUUUAUCGCUCGAUUCAAGUAAUUCCAUGCCGACAUAUCCGGUCAAUCAAGUAACCACAGGAUCAAGUAAUCUAGGUUCAGAAGAUUCAGAAGAUGUUAAUAUCUUACGUGCUCGACCAUUCUAUCAAGCAAACAAUAAAGUUCCCGAUGCAACUCAUUAUCUAAAACUUGUCAUCACAUUCCAUCAGGAUUCUCUUAACAUCACUCGUGGAUAUAUUAACAAUGUUACAUAUGGUGCUGCUGCGAAUAAUCCUAGUCAUAAACCAGGUAAUCCGAAAUGCAUAACAUCGGAUAAAGUACCACUACUCUAUCAGAUGGCAACGACACCUAACGGACUUGGCAUUCCAUCUCCAAUCAUGACAAGCGACAGUCGAUUACCCGUUAUACAAAGUGACGGAUGUGGACACUACUUAGUUCCAUAUCAAGCUGUCGUCGACAUACGGUUGCAAAACACAGAUGAGGGUGAACAUCCAUUUCAUCUUCAUGGUCAUCACUUUUGGAUCAUAUCAACUUCGGAUAAUCCUCAAGCUGAACAAUUGUAUAGGGGAGCAUACAUAAAACGAGACGUGGUGAGUGUACCAGGUUCAGGCUGGGUCAAGAUACGGUUUUUAGCUAACAAUCCGGGCGCUUGGCUCUUCCAUUGUCAUAUUGAGUGGCACAUGGAUGCAGGACUCCUUCUAGCUUUUCUCGUUGGUCCCAAUGAAUUGGUAGCACAAGGCUACACGAUUG